CUCAGCUAUGCAAUAGAGAGGAGGAUUAGCUGAGCACCAGAGCAAGGACCUGGACUUUUGCCGUUUCUUUGAUUAUUUUUAACAACGAUUCUUCUUCGUCUUCUUCACUUGUGUUCCUACAUCUGUGUAACUUCUCUCCACAAUGACCAUGUUAUCAGAGGACCAGCCUGCAAGGCCCCAACCCUGCAAUCUCCCGGAACCGGGGAAACACGUCACCACAUCUUUGCAGCAGUACACCACAGACUACCCUGGCUCCAAAGAGGACUACAUGACCAGUGGAGAGAGCGCCGUGUUUGGGAUUGUGGAGCCCCCCAGACGUUCUCGGGGUCGCCUUAUCCUGCACAGCCUCGUGAUGUUUGGUCGGGAGUUUUGCUACGCUGUUGAGGCAGCCUUUGUGACUCCGGUGCUGCUGAGCGUGGGCCUGCCUCGCAGUCUGUACAGUCUCGUGUGGUUGAUCAGCCCCAUCCUAGGGUUCCUGCUGCAACCUGUUAUCGGCUCGGCCAGCGACUACUGUCGCUCCCCUUGGGGGCGGCGGAGGCCUUACAUCCUGGUCCUUGGCAUCAUGAUGCUGAUAGGGAUAAGCAUGUUCCUCAAUGGAGAUGCUUUCAUUUCAGCGCUGGUCAGUGACAGGUCAUUGAAGAGCAUCUGGGCCAUCGUCGUGGUGAUGUUCGGGGUCGUGCUGUUUGACUUCGCUGCUGAUUUUAUUGACGGCCCUAUCAAGGCCUACCUGUUUGAUGUGUGCUCACAUUCAGACAAGGAGAGAGGUCUGCACUACCAUGCUCUGUUCACAGGACUGGGCGGAGCUUGUGGCUACCUGGUGGGAGCGAUGGACUGGGGCCACUCUGUUCUCGGUCGUCUUUUGGGCUCCGAGUACCAAGUCAUCUACUUCUUCUCGGCACUCACAUGGGGCUUCUUCCUCACCGUGCACCUGUUUAGCAUUCCAGAACAAUCUCUGUGCAAGGGCCCCUCAGUGUCUGACUGCUCCUCUCCCAGUGCCCUCCGCUUACUGGGCUCCCACAGCAAUGGUUACGGAGCACUCAGUAAGGAGCCCAGCUCUACUGCAGCCCCCACAUCUGUUUCAGACGUCAGGCCAAGAUCCUAUUCAGCUUUGGGCGAAAGGCCGCGUUCAUUCUCAGCUCUGGGAGAAGCUAACGCAGUGACAUCCAGUUCCAAGCAGCCAAACAAGGAGCAGAAGAAGAUGACAUUCAGGUCCCUGAUGAAAGCUAUAAUCCACAUGCCAAACCACUACCGUUGCCUGUGCAUCAGCCACCUGCUGGGAUGGGCGGCUUUUCUCUGCAACAUGCUCUUCUUUACUGAUUUCAUGGGGCAGAUUGUUUACAAAGGAAAUCCUUAUGCAGAACACAACUCUACAGCGUACGCCACAUAUGAGAGAGGUGUAGAAGUUGGCUGCUGGGGAUUGUGUAUUAAUGCUGUGUCUUCUGCGCUCUACUCGUACGUGCAGCGCUUCCUGCUUCCAUACAUCGGCCUCAAAGGAUUAUACUUCAUGGGCUACUUUGUGUUCGGCAUGGGAACCAGCCUAAUUGGCCUCUUCCCAGAUGUCAUUGCCACUCUCAUCCUCUGCAGCGUGUUUGGCGUCAUGUCCAGCACGCUCUACACAAUCCCAUUCAACUUAAUUGCAGAGUAUCAGCGUGAGGAGGAGGAGCAACCAAAGAUACAAGGCGGCUAUGAAAGCCCUCGAGGCACCGGCAUGGACUGCGCGGCACUUACCUGCAUGGUCCAGCUGGCUCAGAUCAUUGUGGGAGCCGGGCUCGGAGGUCUGGUCAUCGCAGCCGGAAGUGUAAUUGUGGUUGUCCUGUCAGCCUCCGCUAUGUCUUUGAUAGGCUGCAUUUUCAUUGCUCUCUUUAUCAGAUAUGUGGAAUAAUACUGCCAUAAAAUACAUUUAAUGGAGCUUUGUUUAUAAAUAAAUAAAUCCUCUGUGUUAUAUUGUUA